AUGGAACAAGCUCUGAGACCAGAAAAAUUGGACCUCGAUCCGCAAAUGCCUGAUGCUGGAAACGCUUUCGAACUCUGGCUGGCCUGCUUCGAAGCGUAUCUAGAGGAGAUUAAAGCGACCGACCCCGUAGCGAAGAGCAGAGUUCUACUCUCCAGGGUCCGUCCACGGGUCUAUUCGCUGAUCAGAGACCAGCCGAACUACGACGGCGCGAUGAAGGCCCUCAAAAGACAAUACUUGCGGCCGAUAAACAGCGUCUAUGCUCGGCAUCGCUUAGCGACACGGCAACAACGGUCCGGGGAAUUGAGUGCUGAGUUUGUCCAGGCCCUACGGAUGCUCGUGCGAGCCUGCAAUUGCCAGGAGCUGACGGCGGCGCAGCAUGCAGAACUCCUAGUGAGAGACGCCUUCGUCACGAGGACCAGGUCAGUGUACGUGCGCCAGCGGCUGCUGGAAAAAGCCGAUCUUACCCUAAGUUCGGCGAUGGAGCUGGCUGAUCUGUGGAAAGGAGGGCCACUUCGCCAAGGUCUGAUCCCUCCCCCACCGCUGUUUGCUAACCUGACCCCCAACUGUAAACCCGUGGCAACUAAAAGCAGGAGGUACAGUGCGGGGGACAGAGCUUUCAUUAAGUCGGAGGUGCAGCGGCUGCUCGGGGAGGGGUUCAUUGAGGCAAGCACAAGUCCUUGGAGGGCGCAGGUGGUCGUUGUUCGGAACGGGGAGAAGAAUAGGAUGGUCGUGGACUAUAGCCAGACCAUCAAUAGGUUCACACAGCUCGAAGCGUACCCUCUACCCCGCAUCGCGGAUAUGGUCAAUCAGAUAGCACAGUACAAGGUGUACUCGACCUUAGACCUAAAAUCCGUUUACCAUCAGCUCCCCAUCCGCCGGGAUGACCGCCCUUACACUGCCUUCGAAGCGGACGGCAGGCUUUAUCAAUUCCUGCGUGUCCCCUUUGGCGUCACGAAUGAUGUAUCUGUCUUCCAGAGGGCAAUGGACCAGAUGGUGGACCAGUGCCAACUGAAGGCCACGUUCCCAUAUCUGGAUAACAUCACCAUCUGCGGUCACGACCAGCAGGAUCACAACAACAACCUCCAAAAAUUUCUCCAAGCAGCCAAAUCUUUCAACCUCACCUAUAACAAGGACAAGUGUGUAUUUGGGACCAGCCGACUUGCUAUCCUUGGGUGUGUCGUGGAGAAUGGAGUCAUUGGUCCUGACCCCGACUGUAUGUGCCCCCUGUUGGAACUCCCUCUUCCCAAUACCCUCAAAGCCCUCAAAAGGUGCCUGGGCUUCUUUUCAUAUUACGCCCAAUGGGUCUCUAACUAUGCAGACAAGGCCCGCCCGGUCAAGUCCACCACAUUCCCCCUCUCUGCCGAGGCCUUCAACCGUAUGAAAGGGGACAUUGCCAAAGCAGCAAUGCAUGCGGUGGAUGAGGCCAUUCCCUUCCAAGUAGAGAGUGACGCCUCCGACUUUGCACUGGCUGCUACCCUCAACCAGGCAGGAAGACCAGUGGCGUUCUUCUCCCGUACCCUUCAAGGCCCUGAAGUUCAGCACUCUGCGGUAGAGAAAGAGGCCCAGGCCAUAGUGGAAGCUAUAAGGCACUGGAGGCACUAUCUCGCCAGCAAAAGGUUCAGCCUGCUAACUGACCAGCGCUCAGUUGCAUUCAUGUUUAAUAAUCAGCAGCGGAGCAAAAUCAAAAAUGAUAAAAUUCUGAGGUGGAGAAUCGAACUCUCCACCUACAACUAUGACAUCAUGUACAGGCCUGGGAAGCUCAACGAGCCCUCCGAUGCCCUAUCCCGGGGAACAUGUGCCAGCGCGCAGAUCGACCGGCUAUACGCCCUACAUGUAGACCUUUGCCACCCGGGAGUCACCCGGCUUUUCCACUUCAUGAAAGCCCGGAACCUGCCUUACUCCCUUGAGGAGAUCAGGAUGAUGACCAGGGACUGCCAAGUCUGUGCAGAGUGCAAACCGCACUUCUACCAACCCGAAAAGGCACAACUCAUCAAGGCCACCCACCCCUUUGAGCAACUGAGUGUUGACUUUAAAGGCCCCCUUCCCUCCACCAACCGCAAUGUGUACUUACUUAACGUAAUUGACGAGUACUCGCGGUUCCCCUUUGCCAUCCCCUUCCCCGACACCACUACCACGUCAGUUAUAAAAGCCCUGCGCAAGCUCUUCACUCUGUUCGGAUACCCAUGCUAUAUCCACAGUGACAGAGGGUCCUCGUUUAUGAGUGACGAGCUGUGCCAAUAUCUACUGGCUAGGGGAAUUGCAACUAGUAGGACCACGAGCUAUAAUCCGGGGAAUGGACAGGUGGAGAAGGAGAAUGGCACAGUGUGGAAAGCCACACUCUUAGCCCUCAGGUCAAAGGGACUGCCGGUCUCCCGCUGGCAGGAGGUCCUUCCCGAGGCACUCCACUCCAUCCGCUCCCUGUUAUGCACAGCCACCAAUGCCACCCCUCAUGAGCGGCUCUUUUCUUUUCCCAGAAAGUCAACCACUGGAACCACCCUACCAUCUUGGCUGACAUCCCCGGGGCCAGUGUUGCUCCGGAAACAUGCGAGGAGCCAUAAAUACUCCCCGAUAGUCGAGAGGGUUCACUUACUUCAUGCGAACCCCCAGUACGCCUAUGUGGUUUUACCUGAUGGGUGGGAGGACACAGUCUCCAUCCGGGACCUGGCGCCUGACACGUACAACAUCAACAUUGCGGCACUCAGUGAGACAUGCUUGGCCGAGACUGGUGAUAUCACAGAAGCAGGGGCUGGCUACCUAUUUUUCUGGAGUGGCAAGGGAAAGGAUAAGGCUAGAGUGUCAGAGUUGGCUUUGCCAUCCGGAUCACAAUUGUCAGGAACCUGGAGGCAUCAACUGGUAAUCAGGCUGCCUCUGAAAGCCAAGACUCAUUUGACUUUGAUCAGUGCCUACGCACCCACUAUGACCUACAUAUCUGAACAGAAGGAACUGUUCUACCAGGAGCCUGGCCAGCUGCGAAGCUCUGUCCCCAGAGACGACAAGAUCCUGCUACUUGGCGACUUUAAUGCCCAACUUCCAGACAUUCACAAGGCAACCUGGGUGCACCCGCGCUCCAAGAACAGGCACCUGAUUGAUUACGUGAUCACAAAGCGCUGGGUCAUCAGGGGUGUGAUCAUCAGCACAGUGAUGAGGGGUGCAGACUGCUGGGCUGACCACAUCCUGCUGAGAAGCAAGCUGUCAUUUCAGAUCGCUAGAGCACACAGGCGCCAGCAGGCUGAUGCUAAGCGGAAGCUGGAUAUGCAAUGGCUCGCUGACCCCAACAUCAAAGAAGAUCUGAUCAGCAAACUGGAGGAACAACUUGAGCAGCUGCCAGAGAAAGUAGGCCCAGAAACAGCAUGGGCUGCCUUCAGAGACGCCUCGUACAGCGCUGCAAGUGCCGUUCUCAGACACCCCAAGAGGAAGCAUCAAGAAUGUUCUGAUGAGAACAACUCUGAUAUCGUCACCCUCCUCAGGCAGAAGCAGGAAGCCUUUGCAAGCUGGCUCAGUGACAAGCAGUCAACCUCCAAACAUGACCGAUUGAAGCGCCUCUAUAGUAAGGUGCAGGCUGAGCUGCGGAAGGUGAAAGAUCAGUGGUGGGAGGCCAAAGUGGCAGAGCUUUGGCAUUACACUGACCAUAACAACACAAAGAAGUUUUUUGGUGGUCUAAAGGCAGUGUGCGGACCUUCCUACAACAACAUGGCACCAGUCUGUUCCUUGGAUGGAGUGCUCUCAAUAACAAAGGCAACAUUGUCCAAUGUUGGGCAGACCAUUUCAACCAGCUGCUGA